AUGACUGGAGCCACCUUGUUAGAAAGCUUGCUGAAAACAGCCCCACAGGCCAGGCCAGGGCCGUCCAGCGGGUCUUCAGCACGCCGCUCUGACGGGACACCACCUUGCGACGCCCAGCCCGUGGCCCCAGCUCUUCGAGACAAUUCGGGGGGCUCCAACAGCACCGGAGAAGAGAUUGGGGCCUUCGAGGCCGCCGUCUUCUCCAAACGCUCGCCACCUCGACCGCGCGGCUGCGGGCACUCUGGAGGGCACCUUCCCCCUCAAGGCGGCGGCACGUCCCUCAAUGACAGCUGUUCCAGUACUGCAGGUGCUGGUCAACAAUUUCAGAACUGGAAGAUGAGAGCGGAACAAGCUAAGAAAGUUGAAUUUGUAAGGACUGCAGAAAAGCUCAAAACUCAGCUUGCAAAUAUAGAAAAAGAAAAAAUUGGACAUCUUUACAAUAGGAAGAGUGAUUUCAGGGUAGAAUACAGCACACUAGAGGAACUGGAACGUAGCAUGACUGUCAGCAGGAAAACUGAAAAAGCUAAAAUCCUGCAGCAGCUAUCAAAAAUACAAAAUAAUGUGAAGAGACUUCAGCAGCAAUUAAAAGAUGUGAAGCCUACACCAGAAUUUGUUGACAAGCUCAAGGAAAUGAUGGAAGAAGUUGAAAAUGCAAUCAAUGCUUUUAAAGAGGAACAGAGGCAAAUAUAUGAACAGCUUUUGAAGGAGGAAAAAACUGCCAUCAAUGAGCUCAGUGUCUUUGAGAGAAAAGUGGAACUGUGGGCAUUAGGCAGUUCAAUAACAGAAAAAGUUUCGAAAUUACCGUCAGCCAGGGUCUCAGUUGGUAAAACACUAGAAAAUCAUCUACCUGAAGAAGUAGUAGAGUUUGAAAGAUUUCUUCAGCGAACAGGAGGGCGGCAAGGAGGCUGGGAUGAUUAUGAUCAUCAAAAUUUUCUGAAAGUAUGGACAAAACACAAAGGAAGGCUACCUUAUGUGGAUGAAGCCCUUGAGUAUCUCUGUGGAAGAACAAAAGAAGAUAUUGAACAGCAUGACAAAUGGUAUCAAGAAUUUCUAAUUUUACAGAAAAGAAAGAAAGAGUCAAUUAAGAAGUGGAAAGAAAAGCAGCAGCAAGAAAAAGAAGGAAAUUUGAAGGAGAAAGAGAAAUCGGGAAAAAUGCUCAAGGAAGAAUGGCUACAGCAUGAAGAAGCUCAGAAGCAAAAAGCAGAGGAAAGAAAAAGACAACAAGCAGCAAUUGAAGCAUGGAAGAAACAGAAAGCAAUAGCAUUUGCAAUGGAAAAAGCAUCACAACUAAAACUAGAAAAAGAGAAGGUGAAAAGGCAAAAAGAACGCCAGCAUCAAUGCCACAUGAAGUUACUGUUGGAAAGGUAUACCUUGCAGAAGAAAGAAAAGGAGGAACUUGAAAAGCUUGAAAAGGAAAAGAGGGAGGAAGCUGAAAAGGAGGAAAGGAAGAGAAUUGCUGCAGAAGAAAUUACUAAGUUUCAAGAGGAUGAUCUACAUAAACUGAAGCUAAGGAGUCUACAAAAACAAGCUAAAGAAGUAGAGAAACGAGAAAAAGAAAAAAGGCUAGCAAAGUUAAGAGAGAAGGUCGAGACUCGGGUAACCAGAGAGCUGACCAGGCUGUGCAGACCUACCGAGGGCUGCUGGGAGGAACGUGCAAGAGAGGUCGCAGCGGCAGCCUCAGAACCGCUUUUACGUGUUCCUCGUCGGUAAGGAGGAGAACGACGGAGGCAGGGCAUGACAAAAAUACAGUUUAUGUGUGAGCUCUUUACGCUUUUUUUUUUUUUGGCCUUGUUUUUAGAGCUCCCCCGGUCUGGAGACAAGGGCUGUAGAGGACAAGCAGCCGCCUGUCCCUGUCGCAGGAUGAUGACUUCGCGGCCAGCAGUCCUGCGGGGCUGUCACAAAAUGUGUUUGACGCAGUGACGUGUGUUACCUUUGCCUUUUGUUGACAAUUGCAUUUUUCGCGCUCUCUGGUCUGGAUAUGUUGGAUUCCUUAGAUGUGGUGAACAAAGAUGAUAUAAUAGAAUGGAUUUAUUCCCUGCAGGUCCUUCCCACAGAAGACAGCUCAAACUUGAAUCGCUGUGGAUUCAGAGGCUCUUCAUAUUUAGGGAUGCCAUUCAAUCCCUCCAAGAUGGUGUCUGCAGUGAGCUCCCACUGCAGUAGCAAGAUGAAUUCGUCAUCUGUUUUAAUUGGAAUUAACCUCAGUGGCAAUCCAACCACCCGCUGAGCUUGAAGGGAAAAAAGGAAAACUUCUGC